UCGAAACGCCGGGGACGGAACCGAACAAAAGUACACCCACUGUUGUGCGUUUUCAUCUUUUAAUAUAGUAGUUAAAUAGUAGUUAAAUUAAAUAUAGCAGAUAUUUCAAUUGCAACUGGAUUAAUAUCAAGUCACCCGUUAAAUUCACUUUGGCCGAAUAAGCAUCAUGAAGGUACUGCAAUUGGUUUUAUCGCUACUUUUCGUCGUUUUAUUGACGGAAACGCUUCCAAUCAACGAUAGACGAUUAAUUGCCAAAAGACCAUUUUGCAACGCAUUCACCGGCUGUGGCAAAAAACGUCAAGAUCCAAGCUGGACUAACUUUGUCUCUAUGUACGGAGAAAAGGCACCAUUGAUGGUUCUGCAAAACGCCCUGCGCGUCGCAACUGCUGCCCGGAAGGCAGCCGAAGCCUCUGCAGCCGCAUCUGAAGCUGAGUUGAGGAUGCGACAGGAGUACGAGCAGCAGCAGCCUGUCUUGAUCAAUCCACUACCACAUCCUUACCUCGUGUAAAUUACUGAUAAGCAGUACGAAUACAUCAUUUUAAUGGUAGUUAUUAAAUUAUAGAAUAAAUUAUUUUAAACUUUUAUCAAAACCAUAUGAGAAUAUAUUGUGAAUUCAAUAGAAAAUUUCAAUAUUUAUUAUCAUAUUUUUCGAAUUUUUUCAAUGUUUUUAUUCCUUUAUCAUAACUCAUGUACAUGUACAAUUUGACCUAUAUUACUUACAAUAUUAAAUUAAAAUUUCAGUCAAGUUCUUGGAAAAAUAAAUAAUUGAAAUUUUUAUAAUCGAAUCCUAUCUGUAACUUUAUGUGCACAGUAAAUGUAAACCAAUGAUACUUAAGACUUCUUGAAUAUUUUGAAAACAUUGAUUAAAAUGUAUCAAACUAACAAAAAGAAUGCUAAUGUCAGCAAAUUAUUUAAUAAAUAUAAUAAUUUUAACGUUU